AUGCAGCACUCGCUUUCCCUACCAUUUGUNCUUGGUGAGGACUACGACGAGCGUGUCCUUCCCUCCAUUACCAAUGAAAUCCUGAAGGCUGUUGUUGCUCAAUUCGAUGCCGGUGAGCUGAUCACCCAGCGUGAGGUGGUCUCUCUGAAGGUCAGCGAAGAGCUGACAGAACGAGCCGCCCAGUUCGGUCUGGUUCUCGAUGACAUCUCUCUGGUAUGGUCUUUACUUCUCUAUUACCUUCAUUGUGAAGAGUUAACCAACGCCGUCGAGUUGAAGCAGGUCGCCCAGCAGGAGGCAGAGCGCUCCCGUUUCCUCGUGGAGAAGGCCGAGCAGGUGAAGAAGGCGGCAGUCAUUAGCGCCGAGGGUGACUCGCAGGCGGCCUCGCUGCUGGCGAAGGCCUUCGGCGACUGCGGCGAGGCGCUGGUGGAGCUGCGUCGACUGGAGGCCGCCGAGGACAUUGCCCAGCUGCUGUCCAAGUCGCGCAACGUCAACUACCUGCCGCCGGGACAGCAGACGCUGCUCAGUUUGCCGCCCAUGUAA